AGAGUCUUUUGUCUUUGAAACAUAGGUCUAUGUUAUAAAGUGUUCUGAGAAAUAGUUUUAUUUAACGCAAGUUAGGGUAUAAGAUCCAAAAAAAAAAAAAAAAAAAUUCCUCUAGGUAGUAAGGCCACCUAAUGUGUUACUUAAAAGGCCAACCAGUGUGUGAAUUGAUGGAAUCCAAUUUUAUACCAAACUAAUUACAAAUAUUGACAUGAGUUUAUUAUAUAUAUUUUUAUCACUUUAUCAUGAUUACUUAAUGUAUAGCUUUAUUUUCAUAUACCACUUAAUCAUGAUUAACUAAUAUGAUUCGGUAUAAAUAUUGAGCGCCAAUAAAUUUUUGUCUGAAUUAUAUUCCUUCUAAUACAGAUGUUAUACAGUUAAAAGAGUGGUAUAGAUAUGCAUGGAAAAGAAGUGUUGGGAGAAGGAGAAAAGAUUAUUAGUACUGCAACACAUUCAUUUCAAAGCAAAGCAUUGGAAGACGUGUUCUGGUGAAUGAAAUCCUGGACUUAACAACUUAUUCAAGAUCUUAUAUACCAUUUGGAUAAAGUUCAAAUCUUGGCAUGUGGGUGACUUUGCUUGUUUCUGAAUUCCAAAGAAGUGUCUGUCAUACUGGUUUUCUGCCUAAAAAUGUGGGUUCUUGUGGUGUUUCUGACCUGGGAUCAAGGAACUGUCACACAGCUGUCCAUGUGAUCAAGCCUCAAAACCAAGAAAAUAUAAUACAAAAAUAAAUCAUGAAAGGAAAUGUACACUUUUGAGCUGAUAUUUCUGCUUAAAGGGUCACAAAAUAAGGGAUCUGUUGUAUGUUUGAUGGAGUAAAUGGAAGGAAUAAUGAUGGCUCCAGGGACCAAUAUGUCACCCUGUAAUGGGGAAAUAGAGAAUGGUUUUUGUAAGGGAAAUAUGUCAGCAAUUGAAGAAAAUCAGGAGGAAACUGAUUGUUUGAGUCAGCCAAAUGCAGGGAAGCCACCAAGAAAUAAUCCAGGAAUGAGGCAUUGUAUUAGCCAAGCAAGCUUGGCUGGUACUUCUGCAUUGGAACCAAAUACAGUAAUGAUCGGUCUGAAAUCACCAUCAAGUGACAAUUGUGCUUAUGUACCCAUCUUUCGCUCAGGAAGUUAUUCUGAGAUGGGACCCAAACAGUACAUGGAAGAUGAACAUAUCCGUGUUGAUAAUCUUCGGGAAUAUGUUGAGUCCAAAGGUCUUCUUUCACAAGGAGCAUAUUAUGGUGUGUUUGACGGGCAUGGUGGCGUUGAUGCUGCAUCAUUCACUCAAAAGAAUCUCCUUGAAUUUAUUUUAGAGGAUUCCCAUUUCCCGUCGAUGGUUAAAAAAGCUGUCAGGAAUGCUUUUCAGAAAGCUGAUAAUGAGCUAGCUGAUACGAAGACUCUCGACAGAACCUCUGGAACAACUGCUUUAAUCGCACUUAUUUUAGGACGGACCGUGCUAAUAGCUAAUGCUGGGGACUCUCGAGCUGUACUAGGGAAGCGCGGAAGAGCAAUUGAAUUGUCAAAAGACCACAAACCAAACGCUACUUCUGAGAAAUUGAGAAUUGAAAAACUAGGAGGCGUAAUUUUUGAUGGCUACCUGAAUGGGCAACUGUCAGUUGCACGAGCGCUGGGUGACUGGCACAUAAAGGGUGCCAAAGGUUCAAAGGGCCCGUUAAGCUCAGAGCCAGAGUUCGAAGAAGUGGUGCUGUCAGAAGAGGAUGAAUUCUUGAUAAUUGGGUGCGAUGGCUUAUGGGAUGUCAUGAGUAGCCAAUAUGCAGUAACAAUCGUAAGAAAGGAGCUCAUGCUGCAUAAUGAUCCCGAGAAAUGCUCAAAAUUUCUUGUCAAGGAGGCACUAAAGCGUAACUGUUGUGAUAAUCUGACAGUUGUUGUAAUCUGCUUCUCUCAUGAGCCACCACCUCGAAUUGAAAUACCAAGAACUACAAGGAGGAGAAGUAUAUCAGCUGAGGGGCUGGAUCUUUUAAAGGGGGUGUUGAGUGACAUAUGAAGGAGAGUCUGAUAACUGUUUGUAUAGAUAUAAAUUAGCAUAGCAAACACCAUGGUCAGCAAUUUUUCCGAGUUUCCGCUGUCCAUGGUUCAAAUUGACUGUGAUGAGAAAACACGGAGCUUCUGUAACCUUGGAGCCUCCAAGAACUCGAUCUUUGCCUUCUUUUUUCUGUUACUACAUUCCUUCAAAUGUUAUUUGCUGAUUAUCAUUAUAAGAUGUAUUCAUAGCCAAAGGGGUUCGGUCUGCUCUUGUGAAGGGACUGACAAUAAUCUAUGAAGAAAAGUUAAAAGUUUCCGUUCUCUACAA